AAGGCCUGCUAUUUCCUUGCUGCCUUAGUUAUAUGCCUUCUCAAUCAGCACUUUCAGCAGACGAGAAGUCUAAAGUAAAAUCUACUUUAGACAAUUCCUCGCAAAGGAUAUUCACCGCUACUGCUGCCCGUAUCUACUUCGGACAUCCGCAGCCAAACCGCUGGUCUUAUGGCGGUUUGCAAGGCGCACUCGCUUUCAUACGAGAUGAUUCCAAAGGAGCCUUCAUACUGAGGCUGGUUGAUUUAACAGGGACAAGAGGCGUUAUAUGGGAACACGAACUAUAUGAAGCGUUCGAGUAUAACCAGGACAGGCCGUUCUUUCAUUCAUUCGCGGGUGAUAAAUGCAUGAUUGGCUUUGUCUUUGCUGAUGAGAAAGAUGCGAAAGUCUUCUUCAAGAAAGUUAUGAACCGGAAAGUUGAUAAAGUCAAAACUUCCUCCUCAGAGAAGAAGAAAACUGCCAAGGGCGGUAGAAUAGAUAGAUCUAAAUCGAUGAUUCCAGGUCCAACCGCUUGUUCCUUCGUGCAUGUUGCACACAUGGGCUAUGACGCUGACAAGGGUUUUACAUUUACCAACGUUGAUCCAUCAUGGACUGCCUUUCUGUCCGAGCUGGAGGGUUCAGGCAUUAGUCGCGAGGUCAUCGAGUCGAAUAUGGAUUAUAUUAAAGGCUUUGUCCGUGAUGCGCAAAGUGCAGCCCCACCUGCUAUCAAACGGCCGCCGCCCCUACUUGCGUCUAGAAAUAGGGGGCACACGCAGCAGGGUAGUGUUGCAUCAUCAGUUAAUGGCGAUUAUGCGCCUGCUUCCCGUGCUCCUCCACCUCCGUCGCGUCCAACCUCUGUUGCGCCGCCUCUACCCCCUGCUGCAGCGCCCCCGCCAUCGGGUCCCACCUGGGCUGCUCCACCGCCACCACCACAAUCACCACAACGGGGCCCUCCAACUGCUGCUCAUGCACCUGUGGCCGUUUCUCUACCUCCAUCACGUCCAGUCUCUGCUGUGCUAUCUCUGUCCCCUGCUGCAGCGCCCCCGUCAUCGGGUCCCGACUGGACUCCUGGAGAUGGCCAAAACAAGGUGCUGAACGCGCUGAUACAAAAGUUGCAUGAGCAACCUGUCAGUCAUUCUGAAGUCGAAGGCAUUAUUCGACAAGCCAUUGAUACUAAACUGGAAAAUGCCCCGCUUCGUCUACUUAAUACCUGGACUGGACGUUUAUGCACUCGAGAGGCGCAGAUAAACGCCUUCAUGGAAAGCACAGAGUACAAAGAGCUUUUGUUGAUGACGCAUACGCCUCUCCGAACGGAGCACAUCAAAGAAGCCGUCGCGAAGUACUUCAGUUGGGCUAUGCUAUCACAUAGAUGGCAAAGCAACGAGCUGCUGCUGCACGACAUCCAGGACAAGGGCAUGUACGAUUUGGAUGCAGCUGAAACCACGGUGAAAUUGCAGAUGUUCUGCAAAAUUGCUCGUGAUGCAGGGUAUCGCUGGGCGUGGAGCGACACAUGCUGCAUCGACCAGAAAAACAAUGUCGAACUCCAAGAAUCAGUCAACUCCAUGUUUGUUUGGUAUCACCACUCAGCACUCACGAUUGUUUACCUAUCGGAUGUUCCGCCUUCAUCGACGUCUGGCGCACUCGCAAAGAGUGUUUGGAAUACGCGAGGAUGGACUGUCCAGGAGUUCCUGGCCCCUGAUAUUGUUCUUUUCUACCAAGUAGAUUGGACUCUAUAUCUCAACGACUGCUCUUCCAACUACAAGGAGUCUGCUGCUAUCCUGCAGGAGUUGCAGGAUUCGACAGGUAUAGAUGCACAGGCACUCGUCGCCUUUCGUCCGGACAUGACAGGCGCCCGAGAGAAAAUUCGAUGGGCGUCGAACCGUGUCACCACAUUGCAGGAAGAUGUUGCAUAUUCAUUGUUUGGCAUCUUCGGCGUCCACCUGCCUGUAAUCUAUGGGGAGAAAAAACAGAAUGCGCUUGGACGACUCUUGCAGGAGAUCAUUGCUCAGUCGGGCGAUAUCACUGCCCUGGACUGGGUCGGCAAACCAUCCCAGUUCAAUAGCUGUCUGCCAGCCGAGAUUGCGUCGUACAAACCUCCGCCAUGCAUGUCGCCAUCUCUGCCAGAAGAUCAGACGCAAAUGCCGGUCUCGGCGCCGCUAAAUGCCGCUGAUGCUUUGACAUUGUAUGCCCAGCUCGAUAAGCUGAACCCUCCUCGUUUUGCGAACCGCAGGCUGCAACUGCCUUGCAUCGUAUUCCCCGUUACAGCACUCAGACGGAGGCGCGGUCAAGACCGGGACACAUGUUUUACUUAUGACGUCAAGGCGGUUGGACUUGACGAUCUGGUUAUCACUACAGAAGACAAGCUGCGGCCCGGUCCGCGGACAUUCGGACUCAUUCGUCCGUGGGAUCGUCAUGAUCUCGGGCUCCCUGUCUUUGCAGACGAUGCAGAGAGCUUGGAUGAUUGGUCAGAUCCAGAGCCCGAGUCUCCAUCAGAGGAAUCGCUUGGCGGAAAUCCUGGAGAGGAUGAUCCGGUUGAUUCAGAGACGAGCGAGCGAGCAUUGAGGUUGCUCGUUCGCCUUGGACAGCCCUUCGGCGCACUUUUGCUAGUGCAGCAGCAGGGUGGGGAGUACAAGAGGAUUGCUUCGGACAACGACAUCAUUGCAAGGGUACAAGACAUUACUUCUAUUGGUGACAUGAUGGAUGUCAGAACACUAGAGAUAUUAUAGUCAUACGCAUUUUGAAGGACGGAGAUCUGACGCGUUUCCAAUCAUACCUGGCCAGUACCCGCAUAACAAUACCUCAAGGCCUUUGUACCAUAUCAUCUGACAACAGACAACGUGUUAAUGCAUCCUUGUCAAUUGUUGGCAUGGCUUAGGCUCUUGACCAGCCUGGCGUAUACUACC